AUGGGCGCUAAUCAAACAUCUGAAACUGAGAAUAAUAAUAAUCAUUUAACAGAAAAUGAUAUUCAUUAUUUAUUAAGUAAUACUUAUUUUAAUCGUCAACAAAUUGAAAAUUGGUAUAAAAUAUUUCAUGAAAAAUAUUCGAAUGGUAAAAUGAACAAAGAACAAUUUAUCACGUUUUAUAUGAAUGAAUUACGACAUAUAUGGAAUGGACGUUUAUUAGCAGAAAAAAUAUUUUAUUUACUUGAUAUUAAUCAAGAUAAUCAUAUUAGUUUUAAAGAAUUAUUAUUAUAUUAUUCAGUUAAAUCAAAGGGAAAUGAACGAGAAAAAUUACAAUUUUCAUUUUUACUCUAUUCUAAUCAUGAUGGAUACAUUGAAUAUGAACAGUUUAUAUUUCUCAUAGAAUUAUUAACAAAAAUAAAUAAGAAAUAUGAUGAAUAUUCUAUACGUCAUUAUGCAUCCGAUUUAUUUCAUCAAUAUGAUAAUAAUUCAGAUAGAAAAAUAACAUGUGACGAAUUUAUUUCAUUGAUACUUCAUAAUAGGGAAAUGGCUCAAUUAUUUACACCCAUGUUCAAAUUUAAUAUUAUAAAUCAAAAUGUUACAGAAUCAUCAAAUCCUAUUACAUCCAUUUCUCCAUUAUCUAUUGAAGUAUUGAAUGUUUUACAAAUAAUAACAAAUUUAACACGUGAACAAAUAAUUAAAUUUUAUGGUGAUUUUCAAAAAAAAUGUCCAACUGGUCAUUUAAAUCAACAAGAUUUUAUUUAUUUUUAUAGAAAAUUAUUACCUAAAUCAUUAUUAUUAGAUGAUGAUAAUGAUUCAACAAAAUAUUGUCAACUUGUUUUCAAAGCAUUCGAUAUUAAUUUAGAUGGACAAAUUGAUUUUAAAGAAUUUAUUACCGCAUUUUCAAUAAGAUCUAAUGGAACACCGAGAGAUAAACUCAAUUGGUUAUUUUAUGCUUAUGAUCGUAAUAAUGAUAAUUUUAUAUCGUUUACUGAAUUAAAAUAUAUUAUUAGUGCUAUCUAUAAUUUAUAUGGUUUAAAUAAAGAAGGAAAAAAUUUCGAAUAUAAAUCGUAUGAAUUAAUGGCACUAAUGGAUAUUAAUAAUGAUGACAAAAUAUCCAAACAAGAAUUUAUACAUGCUUGUAUCACUGAUGGUGAUAUUAGAAAAUUAUUGGUACCAAUGUUUCCAUCAAGAUAA